CCCACCGCCUCACAGGGAGCGGCCUCGUCCUCCGCGCCGGGCAGCUGUGAAGGGGAGAGGAGGGUGUGCGAGUCUAUUCACUGAUUCCUGGGAAACAUCUUACUACAUGUUCAUAAAGAGGCCCAUGAUAUGUGAGAAUCCAGAUAAAGACAUGCAGUAAUAUCCAGUAAGGCCCAGAAGACAACUUUUUGUUGGCAGGUGGAACACUGGAUUUUUGUUAGAAAUUCUGCAAAAGUGAUACUAUUGGGAAAGAUGUCAUACUUAAUGAAAGGAGUUAAGUAUUGCAGUCCUGUGAAUCAGAUGCACAAAAUAACAGGAACUCUGUUUAAAGCACACAUAUUAAAGAACGUACUGGGCAUCAAUGAACAACAAUUCAAAAUCUCACGUACAUUAUCUCAACUUAGUUCUGGAAAAGCAAACUCUUACACUUAUGUCAUUGUUGGAGCUGGAUCAGCAGGGUGUGUAUUAGCCAACAGGUUGACUGAAGACCCUCUCAGUACUGUACUGCUUUUGGAAGCAGGCCCUAAAGAUACCCUUCUAGGUAGUAAAAGACUGUUGUGGAAGAUUCAUAUGCCCGCUGCAUUAACAUACAACCUCUGUGAUGAGAAAUAUAACUGGUAUUACCACACAACAUCACAAAAGCAUAUGGAUAACCGAAUUAUGUACUGGCCCCGAGGAAGGGUGUGGGGUGGCUCCUCUUCUCUCAAUGCUAUGGUUUACAUCCGUGGGCACGCAGAGGAUUAUAAUCGAUGGAGCAGGGAAGGGGCGAUAGGAUGGGACUAUGAACAUUGCUUGCCCUAUUUUAAGAAGGCACAGACACAUGAACUGGGGCCAGAUCAGUACAGAGGUGGAAAUGGACCCCUGUAUGUGUCAAGAGGGAAAACAAACCAUCCUCUUCAUCAUGCAUUUCUGGAGGCAACCCAGCAAGCUGGAUACCCCUUCACAGAUGAUAUGAAUGGCUAUCAGCAAGAAGGCUUUGGCUGGAUGGACAUGACUAUACACCAAGGUAAAAGAUGGAGCACAGCUAGUGCCUACCUUCGCCCAGCCUUAUCACGCCCAAAUCUGUCAGUUUCAGAGAAGACACUUGUGACAAAAAUCUUGUUUGAAGGAACAAAAUCCAUUGGUGUUGAGUAUGUGAAAAAUGGGCAAAAGGAAAAGGCUUUUGCCAGUAAAGAAGUUAUUUUAAGUGGAGGUGCCAUAAAUUCUCCACAGCUGCUUAUGUUGUCUGGGAUUGGCAAUGCAGAUGAUCUAAAAAAACUGGGGAUCCCUGUUGUUUGCCAUCUUCCUGGAGUCGGCCAGAACCUUCAAGAUCAUUUAGAAGUGUACGUCCAGCAAAAGUGCACCAAACCUAUUACUCUAUAUAACGCGCAAAAGCCAGUUAACAUGGUGAGGAUUGGUCUAGAAUGGCUUUGGAAGUUUACAGGUGACGGAGCCACUGCCCACUUAGAAUCUGGUGGUUUUAUCCGAAGUGAACCAGGGGUUCCUCACCCUGACAUUCAGUACCACUUUCUCCCUUCUCAGGUGAUUGAUCAUGGUCGAGUUGCUUCCGCAGUGGAAGCUUACCAGGUCCAUGUGGGACCCAUGAGGAGCACGAGUGUGGGCUGGCUGAAGCUGAAGAGUACAGACCCAAAGGACCAUCCUAUCAUUGAGCCUAACUACAUGUCAACAGAAAGAGAUAUUUGGGAAUUCCGCCAAUGUGUCAAGUUGACCAGAGAGAUCUUUGCUCAAAAAGCUUUUGAAAAAUUUCGUGGGCCUGAAAUUCAACCAGGGAACCACGUUCAGUCCGACAAAGAAAUAGACGCUUUCAUAAGGCAGAAGGCUGAUAGUGCUUAUCAUCCUUCCUGCACCUGUAAAAUGGGGCAGCUUUCAGAUAGCACUGCUGUAGUUGAUCCCCAAACAAAAGUAAUUGGUGUUGAAAACUUGAGAGUAGUAGAUGCUUCAAUAAUGCCCAGUGUUGUCAGUGGAAAUUUGAAUGCCCCAACUAUUAUGAUAGCAGAGAAAGCUGCAGAUAUAAUUAAGGGCCUCCCCUCACUUCAGGAGAAAAAUGUUCCUGUAUAUAAGCCCAAGACCUUGGAAACACAGAGAUAAACAAAUGUUCUCAUCCUUUCAUAUCUUUUUACUCAGGCUUUCAUCAGCAUGUUGGUAUGUAAUACUGAACAUGCCAACAAAAUAAAUACUAUGCAAAACAACAUAUCCUAUUAAAAUUACUAUUAAUUUGAAUCAUUCCCUUAUAUUAGACUACCUAUUCAUUUUUUAAAAUCAGUUGGCUUAAGCUGCUUACUUUAGUUAAACUAGUUAAACACGACCUUUUGUGGUACAAUCCAAAUUUUUUGUUGAAGACAAGCUAUUUGUAAAUGACAAGAGAUUUGUGCACAUAAGCUAGAAAUACUAUGCAAUUGUGUGAGGAAUGGAAGAAAGUAAUGUGUGCUAUUUUGAAAAUCAUUGUAGUGUGCCUUGUUAUUUAAAGGAAGGAUUUUAACUGCUGUGAGAGCGUUACCCAGGAUAACAGCUAGUCAGUAAUCCCCACAUCCUGCAAAGAAUCUUAAGCAAAUGUAAGUAUUUAUACAAUUGAUUAUUCAGAGGCCAAAGUAGUACAUAUCAGAAUUCAUUGGACAGAGAGGAACCUGCCUGUGUGUGGAAUUUGUCAAAUGUGGUUUUUUUUACGAGAGGAAUGCAGAGUUUACAAAUCCUCACUUAAAGUUAGACUUUGCCAUACUUAGCAGUCUUAACAGUAUAGUAUUCAUAAAGAAUACAUACAUUGUAUUUAUCAGAAACUUAUUUUUCUAAAAAACGCAGAGCAGGAGCUGAUAUUAAUAAAAAUAUACCAGAAAACUGGAAUUUCUUCUUGCUUUUUUGCAAGGAGCUUAGUAGAAAUCAGUUUACAAUUUAAUCUGAUUUAGUUGCACCACUUUUAUCAUUUAGCACGCUAGGAGAUCUGCAUUUUGUAUAUGUCCUUAAAGUUACUGGUCUUUGCUCAAAGAUGAGUGUUUGCAAAAGAUAUUUCUCAGGAAAUACUCUGAAUGGUGCCUUACUAUUAUAUAAAUUUUAUUUUAAAAAAUUACAGCCAAGGUAGAUUUAAAAUGAAAUGUUAUUCAAAAUAACUACAUAAGGUGACAUAUUGAUGUUACAGGAAGAGAUCUUUUUAAAUUAGAAGGCAAGUAACUUAUUCAGUGAACCAAUGCUAUAUUUUAAAUCUUUGUUUUACUAUCUUCAGAUGUGCAAAGCAAGAUAUGGGAUCUUUCAUGGCUGCUUUCUGUGUCAGUCUAACUUUCAGAUACUGAUUUUUUUUAAAAAGAAAACAAACCUAAAGAAACUGAUAUCCCUGAAUGAAACUGAAUCCAUUGAAUUGUUUGGAUUCAUUAAGUAUUCCAAAAUAACUUCUGACUAAGCAGCUGUCAAAUUAUAAGGUAAAAGCUUCUGUAGCCUAAGAUUGCUUAGGACUUGUGGUAAACAGAAUAAACUCUUUUUUUUCCAGAAAAAAUGGAUUUUUACACCAUUUGAGCAGAUUGUAAAAAAAAAACUUGCUGACUCAGAUGUUGGCUAGAGGGACAACUGCAGAUGUUUAAGGCAGACACUUCUUCCUGGUGCUGCUGGCUGUAAGGCAGUGGUUGGAAAGCCCUGCUGCUAACUGAGGGAAAGGACUUCAUUCAUUAGAGUAUCUGCAUAAAGACAAACAAAAAUACUGAAGAUGGAAGAUGAUAGCAGGGAACUCUGCUCCAAAAAGAUACAGGUAAAACCUUUCUAUGUGUGAUGCAUUCUUUUGGAAUGAGGGGAAGAGCAAGAAUAUUUUAAGUAAUAGGUGAUUGAUUAGCUGUGUUAAUAAGAUCAUUCAUCUGAUAGAACUGCAUUUGGGGAAAGCAUGAACUGUUUGUAUGCUGUACCUUUCUAGGGCAAACAGUUUUUAUUCAGCACCUGUGCUUUUGAGAUUUUCAUGUAAAGCUACUCAGCAGGUAUCUUAGUGUCAUUUGGGAUACAAAGUAUUAGGAUACUGAGAAUAAUACAUACUGGAGAGACUUACCACAGUUCUGUGCUGCUGAGAGGGGAAGCAGUUUGGAAGGAUGGAAUCCUGGAGUUCCUGCAUUCGCAGAUUUACAACAUGGGUUUCGACUCUAGGCAUGCAAAAUAGAAAUUGUUAUUAUGCAACUGCAGAGGAUUAAGUAUGUCUGACAUAACUCACUACCGAACACGCACACAGAGCUGUCCUCUGCCAUUAUGUAAAGCUCUAAAAGUGAGGAAACAGCAAGGUCAGACACACGUGCCAAGCUGCAUGUGUGUCACGGUCAGGUACGCAUUGCUGCAUUUUGCAAUCAGAUAGUCAGGCAUUUCUUCUGAAACAUCACCAUCAUCUUUUCUUGCAGUUCUAAACACACAGAGACACCUUGAAAACUCCUCCCUUUUUAAACAUUUAAAUAUUUUCAUUGCUGGGAACCACAGCUGCUUUAUUAAUUUAGGCCUCCCUGCUACAGAACGUUGAGGCACCUUCCUGACGUGCCUUUGAUGCGGCGCUAAAGCACUGGCUCAGGUAUUUGAAAGUUUUGCUGCCCUGCAGGAAUCUUUAGGGAGCAUCCAGCUACCAGUAGAUUCUACUGCAUUGUAUCUAGCUGCUGACACCGAAUUCCUCUUAAAAUUGUUCUUACUUCUAGCAGAGUCUAUCUGCUAAGGGAUACUUUGAACAGGUACAAGAUAUUCUAACAUGGUCUGUGGAGCACGGGCAGUCUGCUAGGUAAAAUUAACCAUCUUUUACACCCUAUCAGAUUGCAGAGCACAGGCUAAUAAUUUGAGAGUUUAACAUAUUUAACAAAAUAAUACAGUGUAUAAUUGAAUAUUAUUCCCAGUUCUACCCAGAUAUAAAUUUUUCUAUAAAUGCACAGGUGAUACUACAUUAGGUAUUCAAAAAGAGUUAACUGCAAAAGCUGUUUGAUGUAAGAAUUUGGAAAUUAGUAGACCUGCCAGCACGGCUUGAACCAGCAGUGGAACUGCGACUGAGAACAUCAGCAUUUCCAUGGUAAUAGCUUGCUGCAGAUACUGCUGACACAGUUGGGGGUCUCUGGCUGGGGACAAUGAGAUUAAGAAAGAAAAGUGACCAAAGAACGUUUAUUUUGUACACAUAUUUCAGUUCAAGGUGGUUUUGUAUGAGAAGUGCCAUUAACAGCAGCAGAAAAUAGCAGUAUUUGUAAAACUGUAUUAUGUUUAAUUUAUCUAAGGCCAUUCAAGGUUUUGUACACCAGAACUUCUGAUGUUUCUGCAGCUUUAAAUCCUUUCCAAGUGUUUGAUUUCAUUUAGUCUGCAGCCAAAUGAGGCAGCUAUACAAACAGCGUAAAACUGGAAAGUGGGCUUGGAACAUGCAUUUUCUAUAAAAUAAACAUAGAAAUAUAUUUUGAGCAAUAAUAAAAACAUUUAUGCAUUUUUAAAAAGAUGGUAGUUAAAAUGAAGAGUUAUUGUAGCAACAAUACAAGAAUAUUUUAUUACAGUAUUAUAAUUUUUAGUCUCUAUUCUUCUGUCCAGGCUCCAAAAAAAAAAGACAUUGUUCAAAUUGAUGUAUUUUAUGUAUUCACUUUUUUAGUGAAUUCAGUAAACUUAGAUAUGUGUAAUUCUUUACUAAUGUUUUCUGUCAUUAUAUAGAUAUAUAAACAAAUCUAGAAACUUCUGAAAUAUGCUUUAAUUGUUGAGAUAACUUCUCGUUUUUGUGUACUGAGUAAUUACUGUGAUUGGUGGUAUUUUAAGGGUGCCAACUACCAUGUAACUGUGCAGAUACUGAUUAUGUUUUUCCAUAUACUUCUGUAAUAAAAUUAAACAGGUGUUCUCUGUAUCCAUAUAUAUAUGUUCUCCCUUAACCAACCUUAACAUAUAUAUUAAACCAUUAAUAUAUAGAA